AUGGAGCUAUUGACAAUGACCUUGAAUCCUCUGGGAUCCACACCCUACACCAGAAAUCAGUCCUUGGAUCAAGCAACAUGGUCAUCAGAGCAAGCAACCCAGACCCCUUUGGAUUUAGAAGGAGUCGCCAGUCACGUCUACGUUUCCCUGCUCAUUUGCAUUCUGGGCGUAUCUGGCAAUGGACUUGUGAUAUCAUUUCUUGUGUUCCACAUCAAGAGGAAGCCUUUCACUGUCUACACUCUUCACCUCGCCACUGCCGACUUCAUGGUCCUCUUCUGCACAUCUGUCUUGCACUUGAUGAGCAUAAUUUACAAUCACCCUGAAAAUGGUAUCCAAUUGAACUACAUCAUCUUCCUGGUGAUCUUCGGCUACAACACAGGUCUCCACCUCCUCACGGCCAUCAGCGUGGAGCGGUGCCUUUCGGUGCUCUAUCCCAUCUGGUACCAGUGUCGACGCCCAAAGCACCAAUCUGCUGUGGCCUGCACCCUCCUGUGGGCGCUUUCUUUCCUUGUGUCUGGGUUAGAGAACUUCUUCUGCAUUCUGCAAGAGAAGCCUAAAUUCCCAGAAUGUCGAUACGUGUACAUAUUUUCAUGUGUCUUGACCUUCUUUGUCUUUGUUCCUCUCAUGGUCUUCUCCAGUCUGAUCCUCUUCAUCAAAGUUGGCUGUAACCAGAAGUCACGUCGACGAGCCAGGCUCUAUAUCAUCAUCACAGCCACCGUGGUGUUGUUUCUUCUCUUUGCCAUGCCCACGAAGGUCCUGCUCAUUCUGGCUUACUAUGGCCUUGAUGAGUCUGUGUGGAAUUUCUUCCCCCAUUUGAAUAUGUUGUCCACUAUCAACUGCAGUGUCAACCCAAUUGUCUAUUUUGUGGUAGGAAGUAUUAGAAGAAAGAAAAGCAGAAAGUCCCUAAAAGAAGCAUUGCAAAGGAUCUUUGAGGAAAAAUCCAUGCCAGGAUUGGGUGGGAAUUCUUCAUAA